AUGACUAUAUCACUGUUUUAUGUGCCUGUGUUAUUGCUGAAAACGCGAAAAUUUGCUUUGCUUUACACCUUGGGGAGUUUUUUUUUCAUAUUUAGCUUCUGUUUUCUAUCAGGAUUCGUAGCUUUCCUCAAGACAUUGUGUAAUCGUGAUAGAUUUUUGGUGUCAAUUACUUAUUUCGGUACCCUGAUAACAACUUUAUACUGUGCUCUAUGGAUGCAAAGUACUGCUGCCUUGACUGUACUAUUUGCUUUAGCCCAAAUGAUUGCUUUAGCAUUUAUGGUAGUAGGCAUAAUUCCCGGUGGUGCUUCUGGGGUGAAGAUGUUCGGUUCCUUAGUUAAAAGUAGUGUUACUACAGGAUCGAGCGCUUUGCCAGUUUAA